AGGGUUUGACCCGGGUAGACCGUCAUUGUCAACAAUAAUUUGUUCUUAGCUGACUUGCCUAGUUAAAUAAAUGAUAAAUAAAUAAACAUGCACAGUAUCUGAGAAUUAAAAUAACACCUUGGUAAUCACUUGGCUCAGCCAUCACACCAUGUUUUUGCGAUAUUUGCAUAUGUGAAGGCAUAAUUUCAAGACGACCAAUCAGAUGGUGAGCUUGCUGCUGAUUGGAGUAGCUGCUUGGGGGAAAUGGUUUGGCCUGGUCUCCAGUUUUCGGGUGGUGGCUGGAAUCAUUGGUGUGGGCAUCUUCCUGUUAUUUGUGGCCUUCGUGGGCCUCUGUGGUGCCCUGAAGCACCACCAGGUCCUGCUGUUCUUUUACAUGAUUAUCCUGUUCCUGGUGUUCAUGGUGCAGCUGUCAGUGUCUGCCGCAUGUCUGGCUAUCAAUAAAGAGCAGCAGAAAGAACUCCUAGAGGUGGGCUGGAACAAGUCCGAGGCCACUCAGAAGGAUGUGGAGAAAACUCUAAACUGCUGUGGCUUCUUCCAUCCAAACUAUAAUGGCACCUGUGACGCGGACUGUUUCUCCAACCCAUUAUCCUGCAACCCUUGUGGUCCAAUCAUCCAAAGUCAUGCUGAGGAGGUUUUACGCUUUGUGGGUGGGAUUGGAUGCUUCUUCAGCUUCACAGAGAUCCUGGGAGUGUGGCUAACACACAGAUACAGAAAUCAGAAGGAUUCCCGUCUGAACUCUGGUGCAUUUCUGUAACUAGCCUGUUCAUAAACUCAACUUUGCACUGUCAUGCAUUUGUAUUUAGAUCCUGUGUGACUUUUAUCUUACGAUUAUGUUUCCUAUUAGGAUAUUUUCAUUGCUGUGAUAAUAUAACUAUGCGUUGAUAUCUAAUACGAUUGUCUGUUUUCCGACAAAGUUUGUGAAAAACAAUUCCAAUCAAUUUAAAUCUUGAGUGAUGGACACUGAAA